ACUAGCUUACCCAUUGCUGUUCCUUUCAUAUCUUCACUCCAGGGACCAGUUGUCAUCCAUUGCAACAUGUGGGCAAAGACCGUCACUGAAAAUUUUGCUAAUGUUAUCCAUGGUUUGAAUGCAAGCCACCUGACAGAUCUAGUCAUUCAGAGAAGCAAACGGAUGAUCCUGGAUACUCUGGGAGUGGGAUUGCUGGGUACCAGCACGGAUGUCUUCCACAAAGUUACACAAUACAGUAAAAUCUACCAUUCAGAUGCAUCCAGCACGGUUUGGGGUCACUCGGAUUUCAGACUUCCUCCUCCGUAUGCAGCUUUUGUGAACGGAAUAGCUGUUCACUCAAUGGAUUUUGAUGAUACAUGGCAUCCAGCCACACACCCAUCUGGGGCUGUGCUUCCUGCUCUGUUUGCUCUAUCAGAAGUCCUGCCUCAAAAGCAAAAAUUCUCUGGCCUUGACAUGCUCUUAGCUUUCAAUGUAGGGAUUGAAGUACAAGGAAGAUUGAUGCGCUUUUCCAAUGAAGCCAGCAAUGUUCCAAAAAGGUUUCAUCCACCAACUGUGGUUGGUACCAUGGGGAGUGCAGCAGCUACUGCUAAAUUGUUAGCACUUGAUCAGUUUAAAUGUAAAGCAGCUUUGGCUGUUGCUGCUUCUUAUGCAGGUGCCCCAAUGGCUAAUGCAGCAACACAAACCAAACCCCUCCACAUUGGCAAUGCAGCUAGGCAUGGCCUGGAAGCAGCUUGCUUAGCAUCACUGGGUCUUCAAGGAAACAAACAGAUCUUGGACAUGGAGUCAGGGUUGGGUGCCUUUUAUACAGACUAUACCCCCCGGUUUCUGCCAACUUUACAAUCUUAUUCCUGGCUCUUGGAUCAACAAGACGUGGCCAUCAAGCGCUUUCCUGCUCAUCUUGGAACACACUGGGUGGCAGAUGCAGUCUCUUCACUGAGGAAGCACCUUGUGGAGAGUGAUGAGCCAGUCCCCAUUAGUAGAAUUAAGAAAAUUGUUGUCAAAGUCCCAGAUGUUAGAUAUGUGAACAGACCUUUCCCUAACUCUGAACACGAAGCCCGGCAUUCUUUCCAGUUUGCUGCAUGCACUGCUCUACUGGAUGGCAGCAUCUCUGUUCAGUCAUUCAGUGAGCAGAACAUUUCUAGGCCAGAGUUAAAGGAACUGCUCAGCAAAACCAAGCUAGAGCAUCCUGCCGAUAACAAGCCUAGCUUUGAGAACCUUUAUUGUGAGGUGAAUGUCACUCUUCAGGAUGGCGAGGUGUUUCGUGAACACUGCGAUACAUUCUAUGGACAUUGGAGGAAACCUCUGAGUACAGAUGAUCUGAAGAAAAAGUUUCACUCCAAUGCUUCCAGUGUGCUCUCAGUGGAAGCUACAGAAGGCAUUAUAGAGACUGUGGAGAAUUUAGAAAAAGUAGAAGACUGUUCUGUGUUAAGUGCAUUUCUAAAAGGGACACAGUCAACCAAAGUACUUUCAAAAAUGUGCUUACCUUGAAAAAUAAUUGACAUUUAUUGACUUACAUCCUCAUAGCUACUCCUUUGCGCUUAAAAUGAAUCAGGAAUCAAAAACUCCUAUCAUAUUGCACUCCUGUAACAUGAGCAGCAUUUUAAGUCCAGUAUUGCGGCUCUAGUUACAAAGAUUGUGUUCUGCUGUAGCUGUGCCGUGCCACUGCCUGGAAGGAAGAUCCUGUGCUGGCAGUGUCCCCCUUGAUUAUCCUUAUACCAUUACUAGAAGAGUGUUGGCUGCAGGCUCCACCAAGUACCACUGCUGCUGUGGGAUUCCUGCUACCAAGUUCUCUGCUAUGCUGGUGCCAGAAACAAAAGCCUCUUCCUAAAUAUCCUGCUUAUAUUAGAGGAUUGGGUAGCGCAGACCUGAAUUUUGGAGGGAUAGGGCAGUCACUGCUUCUGGGAGGGAAGCAGUUGAAAGGUCAGGGAGAGAAUAAGCAAUUUAUAGCUAAUAUAUGUAAAAAUUCUGUCUACGCUAAAAGAAAAACCCAAGGCACCAAAGUUGUAGUGCUUGGUAUUCUCCAAGAAACAUCCCAACUUCCCCAUCAAACUUGGUCUUGUAUAAGCUGGGUUGACAAUCACACCAAUGGUAAACAAUACGAUCCUUUUUGUUUCCACAGUUGGCUGCUCUAAAAACAUAAGGACUCACUUUUGACAAUCUGUUUCCUACCGUAGCUGAAAAUUACACUUGUUCCAGUUGUGUGGCACUGGCUCUUUGUAACUCUGAGGUUGCCUUCACUAUACCUUCCCUAACAUCAGUCAAGUCACAUUCCUCCAGCCACAAUGUAGCUGACCAGACAUGUUAAGGAAUGUAGCCUUAGGAUGCUUCCCUUGUUAUUCACUGUCAGUACAUAGGACUUGCAUCGUUGACCCGAACUGUCUAACCUGUUGUUCCAGGAAAGUUUCAGAGGGGGUUUUCACUUUUAAAAGAACUCAAUCAAGAUUUAAAUAAUAUUUUUAAAUUAACAUAACACUGCUGCUAACACAUCCUUCCACAUUUUACACUGAAGUCUAUCAAAUCAGAUUUGUCUUUCUCCAGUACAGAAAGGUAUAUUUUAAGUCAGUAAUUGUGACUAUUGCAGGCAGAUGGAUAUCUUAGUUCAUGUGCUUAACGGAGCUUGUGCUUUACUGUAGAAGCCACGUGCGCCAUUUGUCUUCUGCUUUAAGGGACUAAUUUUCUUAUUUGAGGAUCUAAAAAUAGGCAUUUAGAGCCAUAUUUAGGCACCUGUAAUAGCAUUUGGGACUAGAUUGCUUAUUUAGGUGCCUACGUUUUAAAAUCAGGCUAGUUUAGGAGGAAUGUUUGAUAUGCUGUUCACGUCACUGUUAUAUCUUCAAAAGUUGUGGAUGUUAAUGUGUCUGGAGUGAUACAACUUUUAAAAAGCUGUAACUAUUUGUAUAAUUUUACUAAAUAUACUAAGACUUUC